CCUCGUGGGUCAGCGCUGGCAGAUGGUGCCAGGCACUUCCAGUUGGCCGGCAGCGCAGGGAGAGCGAGGUGGAAUUGUCUCAGGUAUCAUUAUUACUUCCCUCUCAUCACAGGUAUAGAUAGUGUUGAGCUGUUCAGCACCCUGCUUCACCUCUGUCUCAGAUGGAGACAUCACCUGGAGGAAGUGGGGACAGCGCUAUGCCCCUGGGACAGUAAAGAAAGCAUCUGAAAGUAGCACACUCACAAGCUGGCCCGGCCCACCCCCAGCGGGGCUAUAUUCUCUGCAGCUCUGUUGUGUUUUCAAUCCAGGAGAGUGUGGGCUGCUGCUGGCAGCUACAGGAUGAAGUCGCCUCCCUGCUGCAUGUCUCUUUCUUCCCAAGCAUCCCUGGAGGAACAAGGGAAUAGCACGUCCCUGGGCUCCCUGGACUCCAGUGUUUUCUCCAGCGAGGAAGAGCAGGGGCCCUUGCUUCAGAAGGUCAUUCCCUCCUUGGACUGCUUUACUAUCAAUGUAGGAGGCAGCCGCUUUGUGAUGUCCCAGCAAACUUUGUCUUGCUACCCUGACACCCGCCUUGGCAAACUGGCCGUAGUGGUCUCUGCUGCCCGGGAUGUGGCCUCUGGCCUUCUCGAGCUCUGUGAUGAUGCCAACCUAGUGGAGAAUGAGUAUUUCUUUGACCGGAGCUCACAGGCGUUUCACUACAUCCUGAAUUACUACCAGACAGGGAGAUUGCAUGUGAUGGAGCAGCUCUGUGCACUCUCCUUCCUGCAAGAGAUCCAGUACUGGGGGCUGGAUGAGCUCAGCAUCGAUUCCUGCUGCCGAGACCGGUACUUCAGGAGGAAGGAGCUGAGUGAAGCGUUAGACAUCAAGAAAGAUGCAGAAGAACUGGAUGCCCAAGACGAAGAAGAGGACUUUUCUGGUAGUCUGUGUCCCAAUGUCAGACAGAAGCUUUGGGAAGUUUUGGAAAAGCCUGGCUCUUCUGCAGCAGCCAGGACUUUUGGUACUCUAUCCAUGGCUUUUGUUGUUGUGUCCAUUGCCAACAUGGCUUUGAUUUCAGUAGAGCUAAGCUGGCUGUCACCACCACUACUGGAUGCCCUAGAGUACCUGUGCAUUGCGUGGUUCACUGUGGAGUUUGUUCUGAGAUUGUUAUGUACGCGGGAUCGGUGUCGCUUCCUAAGGAGUGUGGCAAACAUCAUAGACCUCCUUGCUAUUUUACCUUUCUACAUCACCCUGCUAGUAGAGAGUUUAUGUGGUGGGGAGAGCUCCCAAGAACUGGAAAAUGUGGGGCGUAUUGUCCAAGUGCUGAGACUGCUCAGAGCCCUGCGGAUGUUGAAGCUGGGAAGACAUUCAACAGGCUUGCGGUCUCUUGGGAUGACUAUUGCACAAUGCUACGAGGAGGUUGGCCUUUUGCUGCUUUUCCUCUCUGUAGGAAUCUCUAUAUUUUCCACUGUGGAGUACUUUGUUGAGCAAGGCGUGCCAGGCACAACUUUCACAAGUGUACCUGGCGCUUGGUGGUGGGCAACAACUUCCAUGACAACUGUUGGUUAUGGUGACAUUCGACCAGACACUACCACUGGUAAGGUAGUGGCCUUUAUGUGUAUACUAUCAGGCAUACUAGUUUUGGCUUUGCCAAUAGCUAUAAUAAAUGACCGUUUUUCUGCUUGUUAUUUUACACUGAAGAUAAAAGAAGCUGCUCUUCGGCAGCGUGAAGCUUUAAAGAAACUCACAAAGAACUCAUCCAGUGACUCAAACAUUAAUGUUAAUUUGCGAGACGUAUAUGCACGCAGUGUCAUGGAUAUGUUACGGUUAAAAAGCAGAGAGAGAGCCAGUACAAGGAGCAGUGGAGGAGAUGAUUUUUGGUUUUGACUUUAGGUUAUUUAGCCUUGUAUAGCAAAUAGACUACUUUGAAAAUGUAGUAUUAAGCAUCGCUUUUUAUUAUUAUUCGCCACAUAGUGUAUUUGCUUUUCAAGCGGGAGUUUUACUUACUUGGACAGACAGAGAUAACCAGUAUAUACAAAAGGCAGAAUUCAAAAUAUAGAAGCUCUCAAAGGGCUCUGAAACCUGCAGGGUUGUCUAUGGAUUUUAUGUUCUUGCAAAUGUAUACUAAUAAAGUCU